CAACCCUUAUUUCAUAUAUCAUGUCAAUAUUGACGUGAGAUAUAUUCUCUGCAAGAUCCAAUGUAUGCAGUGAUCAUCCUAUUAAUAAUACUACUGCAAUAUUUAUUGUUUAUACUUCUUAUUCGUUGAUGCAGAGUUUUAUUCUUUAACAGUAAACUUGGGAUACAAGUCCAUCUGCACUUCCAGAGCCCUCAUUAGUUCACUGGGUAACAGAACAGGGAAGCCUAGCUGCAGCCGCCCACAUACACCAAACAGGGAUGCUGGAGAAGGAAAAUCAAUAAAUCUCGAAUCUCUUCACGCUGCUGGCCCGCUUCCAUUCUCCCCAUUGGAAAGAUGUAGUCGGCCGGGUAAAUACACGAGAGCAGCGUCCUCCCUUGUUUUUAAUUUUUUCCUCUAUUAUAAUAAUUUAAAGAGAUGGCUCUUUUUAAAGGAUGGUUGUACUUUUAUUUGUGGUACUCCAGCAUUUUUGCAGGUUAUGUUCUACUCUUUUGCCCUUUGUUUCCGGUUCUAUUAAUUUCAAAUAAGCUUUACCGGUAUAUAUCAGAUGUUUUAUUUACAUAUUGGCAGUUUUAUCCCACGGCUUUAACGCAAUUUCUUUUUGGCUGCAAUAUUCAAGUUACUGGCGAUGUAAUUCGUACUGGGGAGAUGUCCCUUUUGUUAAUGAAUCAUAGAACGAGAACAGACUGGAAUUUCAUUUGGCCAGUUGUUUAUCAUUGUGUCGAGGAAAAGGGCAAACUGGCCCAUUCAACAAAAUUCAUACUUAAAGAUCCGAUAAAACAUAUUCCGGGACCAGGAUGGGUUAUGCAAUUGGCAUGUUUUGUCUACAUAAAAAGAUGUUGGCAAUUAGAUAAGUUGAUUUUUGACAAGUACGUCAACUAUGUAUCAAGGAUUAGAUACAAUCAUAGUCUUCUAAUAUUUCCGGAAGGAACUGAUUUAACAGAACAAACUAAGAAAAGCAGUGACCGAUAUGCAGAGAAAAAUAAUUUACCUCUCUACGAUUACGUUCUACAUCCAAAAACAACAGGAUUUGCAUAUUUGGCUCAUCAGUUGUUAGCUGAGAACAGUUUAGAUGCAGUAUACGACUGCACUUUGGCUUAUCCAGAUGUCAUUCCCAAAAAUGAAAAGUUUUUAUUAGAAGGUAAUUUCCCGAAAGAAGUGAAAGUUCACUUAGUAAGAUACCCUAAAUCGAUUUUGCCAACGUCCGAAGAAGAUUUGAAAGAAUUCCUAGAAAAACGAUGGCUCGAUAAAGAGAAGACACUCAAAGAAUUUAAAGCUACCGGUAACUUUUUACACGGAAAAAUUUUAAAAUGCGACAAAAUAUGGGAACUCCACAUAGCUUUUAUAUUUUGGACAAUUUUACCAUUUAUCAGCAUCUAUUUUUUCUUCACGGUGGCCUGGUUCAGAAACAUCGCUUUGGUACACACACUUUUUUUGUUGACCCUCAACUUCUUCUUUGAAGGGUUUCAGAAUUUCGAAAUCAAUUUACAAAACUUUAAGGACAACGUAUCGGUGAAAGUUCGAAAUGUUAUUCCUAAUAACCAAUAACAUCAUGUUUUAAAAGGUAAAAUGGGAUAAAAUUGUAAUGGAGAUGUAAAGCGUAGCUCAAAAGAGUAUGAUACAGUUAUACUUUAUCUCAAACAUUUGCAUCCCUACAUGAUUCCUAACUCUAAAUUGAAAAAAGUCGUUUUGGACAAACUGUCUGUGUGAUUUUAUAGAGCUCGGUGCAUAAUUAUACGGAAAUAAAAAGGGAAACUUUGAUCCAAAAUGUACUCAGACAUGCGCACGAUGUUUAAUGUGAAGUUGAAUUUGAGUAAACGUGACAAACUCGAAGGGUGCACCUGUUUAAAAAAUAUAUUGUUAAAGUAAAAUAAAUAAAUUGUAAAAUUUUUAAUUUUUUGUUAAUUUUGAAUGGGUAAUAUUUUUCAAUAUUAAUUCCAGAAGAAUAUUGCGUGCCAAAUAGGCACUAAAUAUAAAGAAUAAGUGAAUAAAUGAUUUACCAUUAUACUAAGAAAUAAACUUAUCCAAAGAAAAUAGUGAAACAAGAUCUGCUAUAUAAACAACAAAAAACCAAUGAAGGAAGGAGACAAAUGCUUUUAACGAGAGGAAAAUAUAUAUAGAUAUAUCGAUAUCCCAGUCUAUCAGUAUUUGAUAGAUGUUGACAGCACUGAAGCAUUAAUAAGAUUAAGAACAUUCUAUCGACAUACAGAUUUUAAAAAUUUAAUACCAACCGCUAUUCUGUAUAAUUGUUGAUAUUUAAAAAAAAAAGAAAAACUUUUAAUAGUGAAUUUAGAUUUAAGUCUCAUUGGCGGUAAAAGCUGGUGAUCGCUCCUAAACUAUACAAUUAACACCAUCUCAGUGUUUUGGUGAAUUUUGUGGAGAACUAUAGUUUAAACGCUACGCUUUUUUCACUGGAUCAUAGAUCAAAGAUCAAAGUACAAAAGAAAAGUGAAUUUCACUUUCACCCGAAACAAUUAGUUCUGCCUGUUAAGGUGAGACCACACUAAGCGAACAUUGUUGGGAAACUGUUGGCUAGCUCUUCGUAAGCUUGUUGAAAAAAAAUGUUGGCAAAGUCUUCAAAGUUACUUGGUGUUUCUUCAGGAGGUCACACAGUCUCGUAUAUAUUGGGAUGGCAUUACUUUCCACAAAGUUCCUAGAGCGUUUGAUAGAUAUAAUAGUACAGGUGUCAAUUCUGGAUUAUAACUAUGUGGUUUCGUCCUAGAAUGCUGGAAUUAAAUAUACAUUUCUACAGUAUACGCGUACACACUGUGGUGGCCCUGAUUACAAUAAGUAACCCAUCUAGCUAUUUCCCUAGGAUUUUCAGCGAGUGUAACCUGCGUGGCAGGUUUAGUUCAAAGAAUACUAUUUCAGAAUAAAGUGGAAAAUAUGUUUUAGAAAAACCACGAAAACAUUAAUUAUGAUUCGGAACAAUGAUGGUUCUCAAGAUACACAUUAAAAUUGUAAAGUUGUUAGAAUUCUAUCUAAUGAAGAGGAGGGCAGAUUUCAGUAAAUCCUGCAGAGCUUCGAGAAAGGUAAGGUCUAUAGAUUGGACGUCUGUGAGAAGUAGAAGGUUUGGGCGUUGGGCAUAGGUACUGGAACCAUUCAGAGGUCUAGAAACGUAUUGUUUUCUGCUGACUUAGAAACGAAAGGAGAUCGAAAGAUUAUUUUUGUUUUAUUAGACUUGUCUACUAGGAAAACGAAUGGAUAGAUAUUGGCAUUGUCAGAGGAGUUGAUUAGUUUAAGAUCUAGAUGAGAAAAAAGUAUGCUUUGUUAUGAACAACGGAGCAGAUGUAAGAAUUAUAGAUAUGGUUAGGGAUUUGCAUUGGCCAAAAUGACCACAUAGAUUUCCGAGGAGCCCGGCUCGCUAACGCAUCUUGUCAAGGGUACAUGGGAGAUCGAAGGACCAAUUGAGAAUGUGAGAAUCUCACCCCCAGGUAGUCUAAAAUUGUAUGUGGUACAAGAUUUUGAAUGUUUCGUAUUAUUACUACUUCGGCCAUAAUUGAGGAGAUGGAUAACCUUUUAUAUUUAAGGUUUACGUUCGGAUCUCGUGAGUGACGAUAUUUAAAAAUGAUAAAUUGUAGGUCUGAACAAGUAUGUAUAGGUACUGGUUGAGCAGAUUUGAGUUCAGAUACUUUGUUGGUCAGAAUUUCGGGCAACUAAAAGCAGAGUAGUAUCAUCGACGUAUAAAAGACAUUGUGGCUGUGGGUGGUUUGGGGGAGGAACGUUUGCUUAGUCUGGUCGAACCUUUAUAUUACCUUUAGAAGAACGAAUUUUGCUCAAUGAUAACAUUUUAAUCGAAAUUCAUCGUUAUGAUGAUCAUGAAUAAAUAUUAUCUAUUAAUUUUUUCGUUAAGAGAUAAUGAACAUUUUUAGACAGGUAGAAUAUUGUGGAUAGUAUACGAGAUGUAACAUAUAAGAAAUAUGUAGAAUAUUUACAACAUUUAAAGACAUAAAUAUGUUAUGUAUGUAAAAAAUAAAACAUUGUUCUAUUUAUAAAAUCGAAAUAACAAAAACAAACAUAUUCGUAAUAUAAAAUUAAUAUUUAAUAGUCUAAACAAUUUUUAAGAUAGUACUGUUAAUAUGAAUUUUAUUAAUAUUUUAUACUCUAUUGACAUUACUUAAAAUAUCAGCUAUGGCUAAAUAGUACACUAGCCACAGCUAUAGAAUGGGAUUAUUAUAUUGUUUGAACAAAUAUGUGAUUUCCUAGUAUCCAGAUUUGCAAACUACAGGGUAAACUUAAAAAUUCAAUGAAGGUAUUGUAAACGAAAAAAUAACCGAUUAUUUAAGAUUAGUGUGGGCAAUAAUUUCCAUAAUGUGACGUUUUUGGUGUGGUGCUUUGUAUUAGUAAAAAUAUAUCCAAAAGAAUAAUAAGCUCCUCACUGAAUACCAAACAUAUAGAAAAAUAAAUAUUGAAAAGAUUAAUAUGUCGAACAUAUAUAUGCUCCAAAAACUAAAAAUUGUACAUAAUAUAUUGCUUAUUUUGCUCUUUAAUUUGCAAGCUUGGUUAUUGUUUUGUCCUAUGUGGUUGCAUGUAGGAUCAAAAACAAGUAACUAGAGGUGGAGAUAUUUAUUGUACGUAGAUAUUAUUAAACAAUUUUUUCUGAAGAUCUAUUUGUAUGAUACUAAGUACUAUUAUAAUAACCAUACUAAUUGUGGACAAAUUCAAAAUGAGGUUCUCAUACCACAUUUAUUUUAUCUCAUCUAAAGUCGGUGUUAAAUUAAAGACACUUCUGUCAUCACUCGAAAUAUAAAGGAUUAUUUACUCUAAGAUGCCACUAAAAGGUGGUUUUAAGAUGUAUGUAAAAUAAUAAUUAAAAUCUUUUUAUUAAACCGAAAAUUUUGCCUAAUAUGCAAAAUAAAACACCAGAUUCGAUGUUUUUAAAAUAUCAAAGAUAUUCAAAUAAACGGCUGUAACAAAAUGCAUUAAAAACAUGACUCAUUGUAAAGUUAAUAACUUUUGUAAUUAUUUUUGAAUUAGGACCAUCCAGUAAUUGGAUAAGAUUUGCGUGACCAAUCUCCUUAUCACAUCUAACAAUGAUGACGUGAAAAUCGAGAUCAAAUCUGCCAAUGUUGGUGUUUCUAAAGUAUAAAUAUAUCCUAACGGAAUGCUCAAAAAUAACAUGCUAAUAAACGAAAACUAAUGCUAGAAUAGUGAUACUAGAAAAAAAUUGACCAGUUCUAAGGCAUUUAUAAAAGUCAAAAUAGUGGGAAUUAAUCUAAAAAUGUAAAAAAAUAAUAAUCCCGAUGGAUUUAAUCGAUUCUAAAUUUCUCAGGGUUUGAAAACUUGUUUUUCAAAUCCAAUAUACUAUAUAGAAUAUAAAAACCACUAAAAUUUGAAAAAUCUGUGAAUGAAAUAUUCGCAGGAAUAAAGAUUUAUGCAAGAAGUAUAAAAUGGUCAAAAUUGAAGGAGAUUUUUAUAUGUAAAUAACCACAUGUGAAUACUAAGUAUUGAAGAAAACUUUAUUCUGUGAUAGAAGAUUCGAAAUUUCAGAUUUAUAGGAAUAAUGACAUUUUCUGAAAUAAUUUACUAAGGUAGGGAAUUGUGAGAAAUUUACAGGAUUUACAGAUUUAAAGGAAUUAAAGAAAUUGAAAGGAAUAGCCGCGGAAUUGUGAUAAUUGACAGGGGAUUGCUGGGAAUUACGGGAAUUGCUAAGGAAUUGGAGAAGAAUUGCCGGGAAUUAUCAAAUAAUUGCUGGGAAAUUGCUGAAGAAUUGCAAAGCAAAUGCUGAGGGAUUGAGGACAAUUUUAAAGGAAUGCGAGAAUCGGAAAAUAUAAAGGAAUUAGGUGAACAACUUACCUAAUAAUUAAAAAGAUUCUGCUGAUCUCUAUGACCAAAAUUAAAUAAAUGAAUGUCGGAAAUAACCUUUUAGAAACCUCAUCUAAAUGUUAAGCAGUAUUUAAGAAUAUAAUGUUUCCAAGCAAAUGUAAGCUAGAAUAAAAGACGUAAAGUUAAUUAAUAGGACCAGGCACCUUUCUAAUGACAAAAUGGCUUUCUGUCAAAUGUCCAUUGGUCCAAGUCAAUAAACUGGAGUUGGGUAGAAAGCCAAUGUGCAUAUUAUUGUAUCAAUAGAACAAGAUGCGACUCUAUGGGUGCAGCCAUUUUUAUUGCCCAUCUCACUCGGGACUAUUUAUAAUAACCAUUUUCUGUUUCACAUUGUUAUUGUUCAAUCCACAAGCUGUUGGAUCAGACAAUAACAAUGUGAAAUAGAAAAUGGUUAUUAUAAAUACUCCCGAGUGAGAUGAAAAAUAACCUGUCUGCGCCCAUAGAGUCGCAUUUCAAGUUCAUUGAUCCAAGCCGAUUCUACCUAUGACUAGUUUUCGAUGUAUAGGGUGUUAAACAUCGGAAAUGCCACUUUUACUCGCGUUUAUUGUAGAAAAUAUGAAUUACAGUUUAUUUAACACUAAUAUUUUCUAAAAAGGUUCUGUAGAAAUUGGUUAAUUACAGGGUGGUUCGCAAAUAUGAAAUACGGUUUUCGAAAAUACCAUUGUUUUAUGAUAGUGUCAAAAAUAUAAACAAUUGUAAUUGUACAAUAAAAAUAUACUUAAAAUAAUUGCUUCUUGAUGAUGCACCAUAUUUUAUACAGGGUGAAUUAUAAAUAUGGUUACAGGGGGCAUAAACGAUGUAUCCUGAUUUUUUAAUAUUAUAUUAAAUAAAUGUAAGACCUGUCACUAUAACUAAUACGGGGUAUUAAACCAAUUGCAAAAACAUUAAAAAUUAGAUAUGCAGUUUUUUGUGCAACACCCUGUAUUUUAAAAGUAUUUCCGUCAAAUUUAUAAAUAAUAACAUUUUUACAUUAACAAAAGUUCAGUAUAUAACUGAGCAAAAUUUUGUUUUAAUCCUAUGAUCAAUUUUUCUAAUUUGUGUAUCCAAAGUUAUUAUAGUUAAACGAUGUUUUUAAUAGAUAGAUAAUAGAUAUAUAUUUAGUCGGGUCUGUAGUGUAGCGGUCUAACGCGCUUAUAUUCAUUUAUAGGCAAGUUUAUGAGUCUGAGACUGCUGAGCUUCGAAUCCCAGACCAGACCAUGUGGAUUUUCAAUUAAAUUGCAUGGUUCGGUUUAGGAUUUGAUAUGUGCCGUAUUAAUAGAAAUUCAAUUUCUGUUGAUAUGACAUGCAAAUUAAAAAAUCGCCAUGCAUUACCGUCUCGAUGAUGGUGGGUAAGGUUUUCCGGGUUUUCCUCACCUGUAAGUCAAAUGGCACCAUCAAUCAUCGUUAAGUCGCCCCGGAGCGCCAAGGCCAAUAAUAAUAGUCGUCCCUUCCCCUACACAAGUCGUUUAGUCGACUUCAGGGGUUGAAAUUCACUCGUAAGGGGGUGAAUUAGGGAGAGUAUUAUUAUUAUUAUAUUAUUAUUUGACUAUUUUACCUUUGAAUUACAAUGUUCAUAGCAAGUCAAAGAAAGUAUAUAAAAAAUACACUAUAAAAAAAUAUACAAACUAUAGGAAUUAACAUAUUAAAAAAUAUAAAUAUUAAAAAAUACAAAAACAGCACAUAUGUGAAAAACAGGUUAUAAAAUAAAUUAUAGGCUCCAAUGGGGGAGGGGGGCUUAGAUGAAAAUUCUUACGAUUUAUGAGCCUUUUAUUAAAAAAAUAUGCUAAAAAGAGAAUGACUAAAGACAAUGAACCGCCCCCCUCCCCCCAAAAAUUCGUCUUGGAGCCGCCCCUGUUAAUUACUGGAUGAGAUCUGUGAGUUAUCCUAUCUUUAAUACCGAAAGUGUUCUAAAUACUCACUAACAGAGUAGAAACAAUGGGUGCUAUGAUUGAACGUUUACGUUAUCCGUAACGUACAUGUUAGGCCGAGUUUUAACAGUAAAGAGACACAUUCGUAUGAUGUAAAGUCUUUCAUAACACAUUAUUGUUAUUUUCCGCCUGUUAUGUUCUAAUUUAACAGGUUUCCAUCAUACGAACUUGCCUCGUUACUUUUAAAAUUCGGCCUAACAUAUACGUUACGGAUAACAUAAACGUUCAAUCAUAGGACCCAAUAACUAAUAGUAACUUUUUA